UUCCCCUUGGGGCCCCUGUCCGCCCAGUCCUACCCCAGCUUCAGGAGGAGUUGGAGCAGCCUGGCCCCAGGCCUGGGCCUUUAUCACGUGAGCUGGUCCCAACUCCUGCUCAUGUCUGUUGUCAUGGAAAUGACCCUGCUUCUCCUCUUCUUUGGGGGUCUGUGGGCCCACGAGGUGGACACAGAGUCUCUGGGGAUGUCUACACCCAGACAAAUCUCUUCUUCUUUGGUCUCAAACAUCUCUGAGGCCUCAAACCUUGACUCAGUGGCCUCCGAUCAGGCAACAACAAGGGUCCCUGAGGAAAAUGGCGGUGCUGGGCACCAGGCCUCCCUGCCUUCCUCAGCUCCACAUGAAGUGUCCUCUCCUGCGACUUCCACGGCUGCCAGCGUUGGCCUCUUUAUAACUGAUCCAAUAGCCACCCAAGAAGUUCCCACCGGGAAGUUAUCAAUGUUCCAGGAAAUCUCCAAUGCAACCAGUGAUCCUACUGUCCCAGCAAUGACUACUCUGGGACUUCACACUAUGGCUGGUGAAACCAUGGCAACUAGCUCUCUGGAGACCUCCAGUGGGACGUUGACGAGUAAACCUCCUGUCACCAUGACAACCAACUCUCUGGAGACCUCCAGUGGGACCAGUGGACUCCCUGUCACCAUGACAGCCAGCUCUCUGGAGCCCUCCAGUGGGACCAGUGGACUCCCUGUCACCAUGACAGCCAGCUCUCUGGAGCCCUCCAGUGGGACCAGUGGACUCCCUGUCACCAUGACAGCCAGCUCUCUGGAGCCCUCCAGUGGGACCAGUGGACUCCCUGUCACCAUGACAACCAGCUCUCUGGAGCCCUCCAGUGGGACCAGUGGACUCCCUGUCACCAUGACAACUAGCUCUUUGGAGACCUCUGAUAUGACCAGUGAACCCCCUGUCACCAUGGCAACCAGCUCUCUGGAGACUCCCAAGGAGACCAGUGGCUCGCCCAGCUUUGGGGUAAAUAUACUCAUGACUACCCCAGGGAUCUCCACAAACAAAGGCAGUGGGCCUUCCCAAAGUUCACAUCAGAAGACAGGUAACACCCUGGUGGUGGCUGUGCUCGUGGCCCUGCUGGCGGUCAUCCUCCUCCUGGCACUCGUCCUGCUGUGGCGCCGGCGGCAGAAGCGGAGGACGGGGGCUCUGACGCUGAACAGAGGUGGGAAGCGCAACGGGGUGGCAGAUGCCUGGGCUGGGCCAGCCCGAGUGUCUGACGAAGAGGCUGUGACAACAGCAGCAGGAGCGCCUGGUGGUGACAAGGGCUCCGGGGCCCCAGAAGGCGAGGGUUCUGGCCGGCGGCCCACACUCACCACUUUCUUCGGUAGACGGAAGUCUCGCCGAGGCUCCUUGGCGCUGGAGGAGCUAAAGGUGGAGUCAGCCGCCAGCCUGAAGGGGGAGGAAGAGCCACUGGUGGGCAGUGAGGAUGAGGCUGUGGAGGCCCCCGCUUCUGACGGGCUGGUAGCGGGAGAUGUGGAGGUCCCUUAGUGCUUGUGAAUAACAAGUCUGGAGGUCAGAACCGUUCCUAGCUUUUGGCACCCUCCUAUCGUCGCUCCCCACCUCAUCAGCACCCAGCGUUCGCACCCAGCAUCUUCACUCUGAAUCCUCAUCUAGCUUCUGAACCCUGGACUUUCCAGCUCCGCACCCAACACCAGCACCUCCACCCAGCGCCCCAGCCCCGCAGGAGGCCAGGGCCUGCACCCACUGAAGGCUCAGAGACUGAAUGAAUGAAACUUCCCCACCAGCCCUACUUCUCUCCAUCACCUGUCCUCCACAUUUUGUCUUUGAAACCAGAUGCUGAGUCUCUAUGAUGCCAAUUUCCUUGACCUGUGAUUGCUCAGAGGGUUCCCCAGGGACACCAGAGUCUGGGAAGAAGGAAAUGACAAGCCAGCAACUUCCGUCUAGGAUUACUCCGUAAAGCACAUUUGGCCCGUAGAUUAGGACAGCCACUGGGUCGACCCACAAAACUCCUUUAACUCGUGCUCUGCAGGGCCAGCCUGGAGCGGUGCCAUCUGGCUGUGCUCUCAGGUGUGCCUGGUGCACACCUGGCCUCGAGGCUGGCCCCUGGCUCAAGCCACCACUCCCUCCCUCACUAUGGACCGAGGCAGCCAAAGGCUUCAGGCAGCCAAAGGCUUCAGCUAUCUCUCCUCCCGCGGGCAGAGGUGAGAAGGGCUUCUGGGCGGGUGGAGUCCUCGGAAACCCCAGCGCCCGGGGGGGGGGGGGGGGGGGCGGGGUCCACUCGUGGGUGUGGUUCGUGUGCAGGAGGCAAGGAUGCGGUGGCUGUGGAGGGCAGUGGUACGCACAGAGGGCGUGAGGGAGGGGCAGGAAGGGUUUCGGGACUGAGGACAUGCCAGCUGCUGAGAACGUCUGCGCCCUCCUCUCUGCUCAGAUGGGGUGGAGGUAGGAAAGGGCCAGGGAGAGAAUGCUGGGCUUGAUGGGAAGACGGCCCGCGUGACCCCAGCCCGGGACUUCAGCCCAGCUGCUCGGCCCCCUCACAGCCUCCCCUGCGCGGGAGCUAGGGGAGAGGAGCCCUGGGAGCGGGUCUUGGCGACGCUCCGCUGUUACACGUGUAACGUGUUUGUCUGUUGCAAGCUCCUGCCCUUCUCCAAUUCGAGUCCGUGAGAGCCAGCUAAAGAGGAUGUGCGAGGGCUGGCAGCACCAGGGGCUUCCCCUGUGGCUCUGGGAUAGGCAGGACGCAACUGGCUGUCCCUGAGACCAGCCCAGGCCAGCGCCCAGGGAGCCGCAUGGGCCAGAGGCGGUUGGUAUUUCCCCAGGGCAAAGAGGAAAUUUGCAAAGAGGAAGCUGUUGAGUCACUGGGGGCAGUGGCUGAGAGCAGACAGAUUGACCUACAAAACGAGGGCGGAGUAAUGGGGGGGUCACCAGGGGACAGCUGGGGAAAGGGCCCUGGCGGUCAGGUCAUGAGGUGGGGAGAGGGGGGCACAGAGGGGCUGGGGCGGAAAUCGGCCGUCACCAUGCAGACUGCACCCACGAGGCUGUGUCUGGCACCUUUUCCUUCUUCUCACAAGCGCUGUUUGGGCCGGCGGUCGCCCCACGGCAGCAGAAGUGAGUCCCAAAGUCCCGUAGGGAUUCCGCAGCUGUUGUCUUCGAUUUAUCAAACCAAGUCCCCGAUUUCAGAAAAUCUUGUCCCUGAACCCAGAGGCCAGCCCCUGCACCCGCUCACGCAGCACGGCCCUCCUUUACCUCUGCAGCGUUUCCGAAGCCCAUUGCUCCCGGGAAUUACUUUUCCCACCUCUGUGACUUACCCAGUGAGUGUUCUCUGACAGUUUGGGCCUGGAUUCUGAAUUCUUUCCCAGCCACAACCCAAGUACCAAGGCGGCUGAAACCCAGGUUUGGUCUGAACGCCCUGGUCAGACACCUGGUGCCAGGCUGCUGCCCACCACAUCUCCACCUUCACAGAAACCCACUCCUGUGAGCCCGAGCCAGAGCUCGGCCACCUUUCCUGGCUGCCUCAGAGAGCUCAUGCCUAGUUUGGACAUGUAUGUCCACACCUUUAGCAUCUUAACUUGAACUUUGGAUAGUGACAGUGAAACUUUAGUGCCUACCUGUCAUGAGGGCCCUAGCCGGUUUGGUUCAGUGGAUAGAGCAUCAGCCUGUGGACUGAACAGUCCUGGGUUCGAUUCCGGUCAAGGGCAUGUGCCUCAGUUGCAGGCUCCACCCUGGCCCCGGCCCUGCCUGGGUGCAUGAAGGAGGCAACCAAUGGAUGUGUUUCUCUCACAUCGAAGUUUCUCUCUGUCUUUCCCUCUCUCUUCCACCCUCUCUAAAAAUCAAUGGAAAAAUAUCCUCGGGUGAGGAUUAACGAAAUUAAUUAAUUAAUUAAUAAAAUA